AUGCAGUCCAUCCUGCUGGGCCGGGUUCUGGUGCUGCUCUGGGUGUCCACGGCUUGGGCUGAUGUCCUGGUGCAGCCAGAUUUUGAUGCCAAGAAGUUCUCAGGCCUCUGGUACGUGGUCGCCAUGGCCUCCGACUGCAAGGUCUUCCUGGACAAGAAGGACCACCUGCUGAUGUCCACCAGCACCGUGGCCGCCGAGGCCGGGGGCAACCUCAGUGUCCACAUGGCGUUCCCCUGGGGUGACGGCUGCAACCGGGUGGACGCCGAGUUCCUAAAGGUGGGCAUGGAGGGACACUUCCGAGUCCCAGACAUGGGCUACCUGGACCUGCGCAUCGCGAACACGGACUACAGCUCCUUCGCCGUGGUCUACAUCUACAAGGAGCUGGAGGGGGCGCUCAGCACCAUGGUGCAGCUCUACAGCCGGACCCAGGAAGCCAGUCCCCAGGCCGUGAAGGCCUUCCAGGACUUCUACCCGACCGUGGGGCUCCCGGACGACAUGGUGGCCAUGCUGCCCAAGUCAGAUGCGUGCUCCCCGGGGGGCGCGGAGGCACCCUGA